UCUUGCACGGGGGCCCAGGCGCGGGGUGUUGGCCCAACCAUGCGCGCUUCUUCGACCCGGCAGCGUACCGCAUCGUGCUGUGCGACCAGCGGGGGGCAGGCAGGUCCACCCCUGCGGGGUGCGCGGUGGAGAACCGCACAGACCUGCUGGUGGGGGACAUAGAGGCGAUAAGAGAGCACCUCAACGUGGACAGGUGGGCGGUGGUGAUGGGCGGCAGCUGGGGCACCACUCUAGCGCUGGCAUACGCACAGGCGCACCCGGGGAGAGUGGCGGGCAUGGUGCUGCGAGGGGUGUGUCUGCUGCGGCGCCGAGAGAUUGACUGGUUCUACCGCCCGGGCGGGGCAGAGGCACUCUUCCCAUUCGCGUGGCGGGACCUCAUGGCCGCGCUGCCUGCCCGUGCUCCCACACACACGGAAGGCGACGCGGAUGAUGGCGGUGGGAGUGGAGAUGGGAAUGGAACCGGGGAUCGGAGUGUGGUGGCUGCAUUCUACGAGAGGCUUAUGAGCACCGAUGCAGCCGCCAGAGACAGUGCUGCCCGGGCAUGGAUGCGUUCUGAUCCUCCUCUGGAAACUACACAAGCACCAUCAGCGGCAGCGGCAGCACCAGCCCCACCAGCAUCAGCACCAGAAGCAGCAGGCGCAGAACCAGCACCAGCACCACCAGCACACGCACCUGCACAGACAGUAGCAGCAGCAGAGAAGAGAGAGGGGGAACCAGAGGAUGGGAAGGAGAGGAGGGAGGGUAUGGGCGAUGCAGCAGGGAAGGACUUGAUGGGAGGGCCGCACAUAUUGGGAUCAGUGGCACAGGCACGCAUUGAGUGCCACUACUUCCAUCAUGAUGGCUUCCUGACCGAGAACCAGCUGCUACGCAACAUCGAUGCCAUCCGGCACAUCCCCACCGUCAUUGUGCACGGCCGAUAUGACUUUGUCUGCCCCCUCGUUCGCGCAUCGCUCCCCAUGGGGUCCGAUCCAGAUUUGGAGGCCGGCGAGGCUGCGACGGCCGUUGCGCCUCGCCGUCCGCUCAAGCUGCGCCUCAAGGUGGGCGGCGUGGUCGUCGACGUCUCGCGCGCCGCUCCAAAUGCGCCGCGCGGGGAGAGCGAGGGGUGCGGGGGGAGUAGUGCUGACAGCGGGAGCAGCCGCGAGGAGCGUAUCAAAUCCGAUGAGCGCACUGAUCGUGAUGAGCGUGUGAAAUUCGACGACGCGGAUGUUACCGAUAUUCAUCGCAAUACGAAGGAGCAUAGACGCGCUAGAAAGGAAGGUUCGCGGAAGGAGGGAAGGAAGGAAGCGGAGGGCGGGUGGGAGAUGCAUACGCCGCCGAUAGACGAUCGGCGGACGGGCGGGGAAGCGAGAGGGAGAUCAGAUGAGAGAAAGGAGAGGGGGGAGGAGCGGAAGAAGCAGGAGGAGCGGGAGGAACGGGAGAGGCGGGAGAAGCGGGAGGAUGAGGUAGUUGGUUUGGGCGCGGAGGGCGGAAGGCGGUCGAAUACGUCUCCCGCGCGCUUGAAGGACUUGGCUGGUGCGGGGAAGCGGGAGUCGAGGGAGGGGAGGGAGGGCGGGCGCGGGCGGGCAGAGGCGAGCAAGCCGAGGGAGGUUGAGAUGGAGCUGGUCGACGAUGAUCGGACGGUGGAGCGCGCGUCGCGGAGGGAGGGUUUGGACGAGCGCGGUCGGUUGCAGCAGGCGUUGGAGAAGGCGAGGAGGGUGCUGUCGCAGAGCAAGCAGGAAGCACGUUCGAGCCCCAAGGAAGCUUCCUCGUCGCCUGCCUCGUCGCCGUCCUCCCCAGCGACACCUGGAGUCGCCGCCACCGAACUCGCAUCGCCAUCCACACCAUCAACGCCGUCUGCGCCGUCUGCGCCGCAGGUGGGCAGAGCCGCGAGCUUCAAGCGCCCCGCGCCCCUCCGCAGAGCAGCGCCUGUGCACGGGGACUCGCGGGGCGGGGAGAGCGCGGAGAGGGGUCGUGCGGAGGGCGAUCGCGAGAACGAUGAGGAGAGCAGCAGCGCAGCAGGGCAGCAGCACCGUGUGUUCGUGGGCGACCUGGACCCCGCCACCUCCGCCGCCGAGCUCACGGAGGCGUUUUCACGGUUCGGAGCGGUGGUGCACGCCCGCAUGGUGGAGCUGCAGAGCUACGGGUUCGUGGGGUUCAAGCAGCACGCCGAGGCGGAGGCGGCUAUUGCUGCAGGGGAGGACGGCCGCUCGACUAUCAUUGUCCGCGACCAGCGGGUGCGGGUUUCAUGGGCACACGGGUCUCUGCCAGAAUGGAAGAAGGGUGUGGGGGGAUUUUCCUUUGCGGAAGGUUCCUCAAAGCUGCAGAAUGGCCGCAUGAAGAUGCUGGCAGCUACAGCAGCAGCCAGCGCUACAGCCAUGGCAGUGCUGUCAGGUGCCGCCCCUGUCCCCAUGCUUGCGGGCCCUGCUCCUAUGGACGCCAUGGCUGACGAUAUCCCCCUGAAAGAUCAGCUAGAUAUUGUCAUCCCUACCAUUCGCAACCUCGAUUUCCUCGAGCAGUGGCGGCCGUUCUUCGAGCCAUACCAUCUCAUCAUAGUCCAGGAUGGAGAUCCAACCAAGGUCAUCAAGGUCCCUUCGGGUUUUGACUACGAGCUGUACAACAGAAAUGACAUCAACCGGAUCCUUGGCCCGAGAGCGUCGUGCAUCUCGUUCAAGGACAGUGCGUGUAGGUGCUUCGGCUACAUGGUGUCGAAGAAGAAGUACAUCUACACAAUCGACGACGACUGCUUUGUUGCUAAAGAUCCGUCAGGAAAGGAGAUCAACGCGCUUCAACAGCACAUUAAGAACCUGCUGAGCCCGUCCACUCCUUACUUCUUCAACACGCUGUACGAUCCGUACAGAGAGGGGGCUGACUUCGUCCGAGGCUACCCAUUCAGCCUUCGUGAAGGAGUGUCGACGGCCGUGUCACACGGGUUGUGGCUGAACAUCCCUGACUACGACGCACCUACGCAGCUCGUCAAGCCAAGCGAGAGAAACUCAAGAUACGUCGAUGCGGUGAUGACUAUCCCUAAGGGAACCCUCUUCCCUAUGUGCGGGAUGAAUCUGGCGUUCGACCGGGAGCUCAUUGGGCCAGCCAUGUACUUCGGGCUCAUGGGCGAUGGGCAGCCGAUUGGGCGUUACGAUGACAUGUGGGCGGGCUGGUGCAUUAAGGUGAUUUGCGACCAUUUGGGUCUUGGAGUGAAGACAGGAUUGCCAUACAUCUGGCAUAGCAAAGCUAGCAAUCCGUUCGUCAACCUGAAGAAGGAGUACAAGGGUAUCUUCUGGCAGGAAGACAUCAUCCCCUUCUUCCAACAAGUAAAGCUGCCCAAGGAGGCAACAACGGUGGAGCAAUGCUAUCUGGAACUUGCUAAGCAAGUGAAAGACAAGCUCUCGUCGCUGGACCCGUACUUCUCCAAGCUAGGGGAUGCUAUGGUUACAUGGAUUGAGGCCUGGACCGAGUUGAACGCAAAGGCCCCUGCCUCCAGCGUUUCUCCUGCCAAAGCAAAGCAAACUGCCAAGUAG